UGUGACGCGGCUCAGCAACUGCUUUGUCAGGCGGUUUCUGAGUGGGAGACGGAUAUCGCCAUCAUUUCGGACCCAUACCGAGUACCCGCCGGCAACGGCAACUGGGCCUCGGAUGGGACCAGGAAAAUGGCGGCGAUAUGGACGACGGGUAAAUACCCCGUGCAGGAGUUGGUGUCUACUACCUACGAGGGCUUCGUGGUCGCCAAAGUAAACGGGGUCUUCUUCUGCAGCUGUUAUGCGCCAUGUUAAAACUUCAACAAAGUUUUUCAGAACAUCCUAGGCUAUCAUUUUACAGUAUCGAUUAAAAAGUUUCAGACAAACUUUUUCAACUUGUGACAAAAAUUCAAAAAAAGUACCCGGAUAAAAAAUUACCAUACAUUACAUGGUAAAUAUUAUUAACAUAUGACUGGUUUUAUUGUUCACAAUAAAACACAUAGUAGAUAUAUUGUUACUUUUUACAAUAGAAAUCAAGCCCAAAUAGUUCGUACAAUAAGUGAACAUUAGCUUUAUUAGUGACUAAUUGAUUCGAUUGUUUUUCAAUAGUUCUAUAAUAAUUUAAAGUUACUAUUAUCGUCGCACCACCAAAUCGAAGUCGUCGCUAGAAGCACAUGCGAAGUUGCAGCUGCGAAGUAAAUUUGAAUCUAUUGUUUCUGUUGCGCAUCAUUAAGCUAAUUAAGAGCAACAAUAUGCACUAAUCCAAAUUGAGUUGCGACAUUUCUAAGUAGGUUAAAAAUCAAUUUUCGCACGUUCGGUCACUUCGUAUUUCGACCAAAAGCAUAAUAUCAGUAAAAAUUAACUUAAGUUGUUUUUAUAUAGUUGCAAAAGUGCCUGCAAAGUUCUCAUGGACUUUUGAUUAAAAAAGAGUUUAUUUCUCAAUUACAUUUAAAAACAAUUCGUAACAUAUAAAUAACAAUAAAUAUUAUUGUUGCUUGGAUCAUGUUUGUAUAAUCAAAUACAAAAAAAAUUGACAUAUUUUUUUUAGUUUUCGUUUUAAAUUUGAGUACAGUAGAUGUUUCGGUUUUCGAAUGUUAUUCGCUAAAACUUCAACGACUGACAGACGUCAAGCCGUGUUGGCAGAGGAAGCUCUCAAUGAAUAACUGAGGAAGUACUUAUAGAAAACUAGCUGAAAAGCAGGUUUAGCCAAGUGAGGACGUUACGACAAAUAAAAGAUGAACAAUGAUUUUUCUAAUGUUUUCCAAUAAAUUAAAGGAAUCUAGUAAAUAAUAAACUACCAUUGAUAACAAUACAAAUACAAUUAGUUUAAUGGGGUCAAUUGAACCGAUGUUAAAAUAAACAUGCAAUAAUAUUUGUUGUUAUGUAAAUAGAUUUUGCCUUUGAAAAACCAAAGAAUUCAUAUUAGUCGGUAAUUGUUUGGGCGCACUGCGCAUAUAAUAAGUUGAUACGAUUGGAGACAUCUUGAUUUCAAAAUCCUUUAUUUCAAUUUUCUUGGCAACUGUUACUUUUUAAACCAUUCGCCCAUCUGGCAUCACUGUAAAGAAAAGCAGUUAGAAUAAACCGAUACUUUGUAACGAGUAGACGCGCGUGUUUGAUUCUCCCGUCCAGAACCAUCCAUUUUCUGCCGAAACAGUUUUCUGUGUUUGAGCUAUCGAGGAACAUUUUUUGGUCCGUUCUCCCGGAUCUUCGGAGAAUUUGGAGUGGUUCCCGGUCCAUGUCGGAACGCGAUUAGCUCGGUGCUAGUUCCGGAAAAAGUGAACAUUCGUGAAACUUUGCCGUCGGCGGUUCGAAACAGCCGCCAUACUGUGAAACGACCAGUUGAAGAAACUAUCUCAGCUGUGUGUGCCCGUGGCACGAAGAGCAAUCAGUCGCCAUUUUGGCAGAAGAAGUAGUUGUGUGUGUGCUCGUAGCACAGAAGCAGUGUCAGCCAUCUUUGCGGAGAAACUGCUGAUGACGUGUGGGCCGCGUGUGUCCGUGACAACAACGCGCGCAAGUGGCAGUGCAUUCGUACUGAAAUAGUGUGUGUGCCCGUGGCACCAGAAGCAAACGUACAAGUGGUUGUCAUCCUGCGAGCGAACCGGUUGAAUCGGUUCAGUCGUCGCCGCAGCGCGAACGGUGUUUACAAAAACAAAAACAAAGCGAAAAGCGAAAGUGGCCGUAGAAGAGGCAAACGAAGAAAAGUGUGACGAAUGAGUGAUUCGGAGACGCCCCGUGGAGCGCACUCGAAAACGAUCCCGCGAAGGAACAUUUUGGAUGCCUUGUCAGGAUCCACCAGCAGUGUAGUCAAAUCCAUCGCUCAACAGAAAGCAGAAAAAGAAGCGAAGGAGAAGAGCCGCAUGAUGGAGCGGAAUUUGGAAUCGCUGUUGGAUCGGCGGGACAUGCUCGUCGAUAAGUUGAUGCGGAUGAAUGAUUCGUUGAACGCGGAAUCGGUGAGCAUCCAUUUGCUGAAGCUGUUCGAGGAAAACCUACGCCGGAGUGCGGACGAGUACGAAAAAACGUACUCUGACAUUUCGCUGCUGCUCUCAAAGGACGAACGAGUAGCACAGCGAGUGGAGUACACAUCAUUCGAAAAACUCCACAAUGCGGUGUACGUCAAGCUUCAAGGAAAGAUCGCCGAGACAGAGCUCACAAACAAGCUAGUGGAACUGCCGACCGUGUCUGCAGCUGCCACAACCGGACAACCGCCGGUGUACGUUCAAGCCCCUGCAUCAGUUCCACACCUGCAGGCUCCAUUUCCUACGUUCAACGGCGAUCCAGAGAACUGGUACAGUUUUAAGAAUCUGUUCCAGAGUAUCAUGUCGCGGUAUACCCAGGAGACCCCGGCCAUGAAGAUUCUACACCUGCGGAACGCACUCACCGGUGAUGCUAAGGACAAGAUCGACCAGGACAUUGUAAAUAACAAUGACUACGAUGCUGCCUGGAGGAUCUUGGAAGACGCCUACGAAGACAAACGAUUGAUACUCGAUACCCACAUCGAUGCCAUCCUGGAUUGCCCGAAAAUGACGAAGGAAAAUCGCGGUAAGUCCAUCACCAAGUUGGUCGAGAUUUGUGCCAAGCACAGCGAAGCAUUGACUGGUCACGGGUAUCCAGUUGAAGGCCUGGCAGAGCUAGUAUUCGUCAAUGUGAUCUACAAGAAACUCGACAGGGAGACCCAGGAACAAUGGGAAUUGAAGCUCGGUAGCGGUGAAUUGCCAGACUACGUCGAGUUUAUGGAGUUUCUUCGGGAGCGUGGUCGUGUUUUGCAGCGCACAAGUCGGUUCCAGCAGCCGGCGCAGCAAUCAACUGCGGCCUCCAACAAGCAACGCCAAGUAGUUGGACAGAAGUCGCAACCCCAACUCAAGUCAUUCGUGCAAACCUCGACGGAAGUGUGUGCCUGCUGCAAGGAGGAUCACCCUAUCUUCCGGUGCUCAACGUUCAAAAACAUGACCAUCACGGAGCGCAAGUCCGUUGCCACCAAAGCAAACUUGUGCUUCAAUUGUCUGAAGGCGAAACAUCGGGUGAGUGAAUGCCAAUCCGAAGCUCGAUGUAAGGUGCAGGGUUGUGGCCGCAAGCACCACAGUCUUCUGCACGCCAGCGAUACUCGUGCCCCUCCAGUUCCCGAAAAGGUCGACGAAGCGAAGCAUCAAACGGUGCCCUCGGCCCCAGCCGGUGGCGAAGCAAAAGUUCCUGAGCAGCAGAAUAACGCGGUAUCCCUGUGUGCCAACGUCGGUAGUUCCAAACGUCAAGUACUACUCUCAACGGCGGUAGUGAUGGUGGUCGGUCAUGGCGGUACCACUAUCAGAUGCCGUGCGCUAUUGGACUCGGGGUCCGACAGCAACAUAAUCACCGAGAAGCUAGCAAGCAGACUGAACCUCAAGAUGGAUCGCGUCGACCUGCCAGUAUGUGGACUGAACGACAUACAAACCCGAGUUGAGUAUAUGUUAUCCACUAAGAUCAUUUCUUGCGUUAAUUCCUUUGCCUCAUCCGUUUUAGAUUUCCUGGUCGUUAAACGAAUCACGUCAAAUCUGCCCGUGGUUGAAAUUGACACCCGAUCCUGGCCCCUGCCAUCUGGCUUGCAGCUGGCCGACCCUAAGUUCCAAACCCCAGGAGAGAUUGAUCUCAUCAUUGGGAACGAAAUUUUCUUCGAUCUCAUCAAGAAAGGCCGUCACAAGAUCGGCCGUAACGAGCUGACGCUGGCUGAGACGGAAUUAGGGUGGGUCGUUGGUGGAUCGAUGCCGACCAGGAAAGCCAAACCAUGCCCGCGUGUGUGCCAGCUAAACCGCUACGAAGAAGAGCUGAACAAGACGAUGUCGAAGUUUUGGGAGAUCGAAAGCGUCCAUCCGGAGUCCAAUCUGACAGCCGCUGAGGCUGCCGUCGAAGAGCACUUCAAAAGCACUCAUACUCGUGAUGACGAAGGACGGUACAUCGUCCGGCUGCCAUUCAACCACCUACAGGGUCAACUUGGCGACUCUUUUAACAAUGCUCGGAAGCGUCUGGACAAGCUCGUCAUUGCACUAGCCAGAAAUCCAACGAAGCGUGUCGAAUAUUCUGCGUUUCUGGCCGAGUACUUAGCAUUGGGUCACAUGAAGGAGGUCCAAUCUGCGAGUGAUGACGACGGUGGCUACUACAUCCCGCACCAUGCAGUACACAAAACAUCAAGCUCGACUACUAAAACCAGAGUGGUAUUCGACGCAUCAGCGAAGACCACGUCAGGUCUGUCGCUAAACGACACGCUGUCUGUGGGGCCCACUGUGCAAAACGACCUUUUCUCUAUCAUCUUGAAGUUUUGUACUCAUCAAGUGGUGCUUACCGCAGAUAUCCCCAAAAUGUACCGGCAGGUCAAACUGCACACGGAUGACUGCAAGUACCAGCGAAUCCUAUGGUUGGACGACGACAGCAAGCUGAAGGUGUACGAGUUACAAACCGUAACGUACGGCGUCGCCAGCUCACCGCACCACGCAACAAGGGCACUGGUACAAUUGGCAACGGAUGAAGGCAAGGAAUUUCCCCUGGCGUCGAAAGUUAUCAUCGAGGACAGCUACAUUGACGAUUUUUUGACUGGUGCUUCGUCAACCACUGAAGCAAUCCGAAUCUACGAGGAGCUGUCGGAGCUGCUACGCCGAGGAGGGUUCGGCGUGCACAAGUUUUGUUCAAAUAGUCCCGAGGUGCUACAAGCGAUUCCAGCCGAGCUGCACGAGAAGCAAGUCGAUUUCGAAGACGCCGAUGUGAACAACUCCAUUAAAACGCUUGGACUUAUCUGGAACCCAAUGGAGGAUUAUUUCGUCUUUCGAGUCCCACGGCCGGUCGACAUGAACUGGACCAAACGGAUCGUGCUGUCGGAGAUUUCCAAAAUCUUCGAUCCAGCUGGAUUUCUUGGACCCGUCAUUACAACAUGCAAGCUGGUGAUGCAGAACAUCUGGCGUCAAGGUCUACCCUGGGACGAACUACUGCCAUACGAGCUUUCACGAGAGUGGAGGCUUAUUCGUGAACAACUACCAGCAAUCAACGAGAUGAAGAAGAAGCGAUGCUUGAUUUCCCGAGAUGCAGCAUCCAUCCAACUUCACGGUUUCUCGGACGCGUCGAUGCGAGCAUACGGCGGCGUGCUAUACAUCCGAAGUGUCGACAAGGACGGCACUAUCAACGUGAAUCUCGUUGCCAGCAAAUCACGUGUGGCACCACUUAAGUCGCAGACAAUUCCCAAGCUAGAGAUGUGCGGUGCUAAGCUGCUGGCGGAGCUCACCCAUAAGGUAGUAUCAUCCAUGCAAGUUCCUUUCGACGACGUGAUUUUGCACUGCGACUCCAAAAUUGUUUUGUGCUGGCUCAAAAAGUCACCGCUGGCACUGAAGCAAUUCGUAUCCAACCGAGUGGCCACAACGGUGGAACUCACGCGAGGGUACCAAUGGAGGUUCAUCCCAACCGAUCACAAUCCAGCUGAUGUCGUCUCAAGAGGCGCGCUGCCAGAGGAUCUACUGCAUAACGAACUGUGGUGGAAUGGCGCACCAGAGCUGUGGGAACCGCAGCUUCCACAGGACUCGUCGGAACCGCUCGAUGAAUCAGAGCUUCCAGAAGUCAAGGCGGCAACAGUGUUGGCAGUCGUCAAACCGAAAUCGUCAAUCAAUCUGACCAGAUGCAGCGAUUAUCGUAAACUGCAGAGAGCGUGGGUGUACAUCCAGCGCUACAUCAAUCUGGCGGUGCACAAAUUGCCUGUUACUUCCAAUAUCUCUGCGGACGAAAUUGCUCGGUCGGAGAAACACAUCCUAUUCGUGCUCCAGCGACAGGAAUUUGCCGACUUGUUCAAGUUGCUGAAGGAAGGGUCUACCAAGCGACAUCCUUUGUCCAAUUUGGCACCUUUUGUGGGAGCCGACGGGUUAAUUAGAGUUGGAGGACGUCUGAAAUACUCCGUUAUUCCCUACGAAGGUAAGCAUCAGGUGCUACUGCCGGAACGACAUCACGUGACAACGAUCCUGAUACGAAAGCUGCACGAAGAGCAUUUCCACGUUGGCCAAAACGGACUGCUGGCCAUCGUUCGUGAGCGGUACUGGCCGGUGCGAGCAAAAUCGGCGAUAAAGCGGGUCAUCUCGAAAUGCCAAAACUGUGCGAAGCAACAUCCAAGACCUGGUAGUCAGUUCAUGGGGAACCUACCGGAAUCACGAGUGAACCCGUCUCCACCAUUCUCCAAGGUAGGCAUCGAUUAUGCUGGGCCAUUCAUGCUGAAAACAGGAGGAAGAGGAUCAAGAUUAGCGAAGGCAUACGUGGUUGUUUUUGUUUGUAUGGUGGUAAAAGCAAUCCACUUUGAGCUGGUAUCGAACCUUUCAACGGAGAACUUCAUCGCUGCGCUGCAGCGAUUUUCGAGCCGUCGUGGGCUGCCAACUGACAUCCAUUCAGACAACGGCACUUGCUUCGUGGGGGCCAACCACGAGCUUGCUGCAUUAAGAGAGCUCUUCAACGAUCAACAACACCAACAAAAACUGGACGAGUUCUACAGCCUCAAAGGUAUCACGUGGCACUUCAUUCCUCCGAGGAGCCCUCACUUCGGGGGGAUUUGGGAAGCAGGAGUGAAGUCGCUGAAGCACCAUAUGAAGCGAGUCGUUGGAGAGACUAAACUCACAUACGAGGAGAUGACAACAUUCCUGUCCCAGACGGAGGCCAUCCUAAACUCGCGGCCUUUGUGUCCAAUGUCCGAUGAUCCUAACGACAUGGCGGUGCUUACGCCAUCACAUUUUUUGAUCAACCGGUCUGCUGUUGCUCUCCCGGAGCCGUCAUACGAUGAUGUGAAAGUGGGACGUCUCAGCAGAUGGCAGCACGUUCAAGCUAUGCAACAACACCUGUGGAGAAGGUGGUCCAGGGAGUAUCUCCAUCAUCUGCAAGGUCGUCAGAAGUGGCAUGAUGGAGUAAAGGACUUCAAGAUCGGCGCGUUGGUCCUGCUGAUCGACGAGAACCUACCACCGCAACAGUGGCGGCGAGGUCGAAUAAUCGCUACACACCCCGGCGAUGACGGUGCUGUCAGAGUGGUGACGGUGAAGACGUCGGGCAACAACUUCAAGCGAGCAAUCACCAAGGUUGCUUUGUUACCUUCUGUUGAGCCUGAAGCCUCAACGGGGGGAGUGUGUUUGGGCGCACUGCGCAUAUAAUAAGUUGAUACGAUUGGAGACAUCUUGAUUUCAAAAUCCUUUAUUUCAAUUUUCUUGGCAACUGUUACUUUUUAAACCAUUCGCCCAUCUGGCAUCACUGUAAAGAAAAGCAGUUAGAAUAAACCGAUACUUUGUAACGAGUA